UCUCUCUCCUCAUCCUCCGCUCCACGCCCGCUCCUCGGCCCUCGAGCCCUCCGAGCCGCGCCGCUGCCAUGGGCCCGCGCCCGCCGCGCCGCCGGGCCGGGGGCCGCUGAGGCGCGGCGAGAAGAUGGGCGAGGGCGGAGCAGGGCCCGAGCGCCAGCCCGAGCAGCCCGGGCGCCCCGCGCGCGCCCGCUCGCGCCGCCGCGGGGAUGCCCGCGCCCGCCGCCGCGCCCUGAGCGCCUUUGUCUGUCGCCCGCGCCGCCCGCCGCACCCCUAGCUAUCGGCCGGCGCCGGAGUAUGGAGCUGGGCCAGCCGGCUUCUCCGUCGGGCCUCGACGAGCCGGCGCCCAGGGCCCAGCGCGGGGUCUUGGAGCUCCAGGAGCCCAUCGCGCCGCGCCGCUGGCCGGGAGCGCCCGACUCGCCGUGCGCCUGGCCCCGGGAGCCUGAGGAGCCGAAUGCGCCGCGCCGAUGGCCGGAAGCGCCCCACACACGGUGCGGCUGGUUAGAGGCGUCGGAUGCGCCGCGCCGGUGGCCCGAAGAGCCCGACGACGCACUGUGUGGCUGGCAGGAGGAGCCGUGCUGCUGGCCCGAGGAACCCGCGGUUUGCGACCCUGCGGGUGGCCUGUCCCCCGCGUACUCCAGCGUGCUGGGAGAGCAGCUGCGGGCGAGCCCAAGGAGCGCCGCGCUGCCCUCGGACCCCAGCCCCGCACGGCCGCUGCCCAGCGAGCCCGAGGCCGGCCAGGAGGACGGCUCGCGUCUCCGGGCCGUGUUUGACGCUCUAGACCGGGAUGGGGACGGCUUCGUCCGCAUGGAGGACUUCAUCCAGUUCGCCACGGCCUACGGGGCGGAGCAGGUGAAGGACUUAACCCAGUACUUGGAUCCCAGUGGGCUCGGCGCGAUCAGUUUCGAAGACUUCCACCAAGGGAUCAUGGCCAUCAGAAACGGAGAUCCUGACAGCCAGCUAUACAGUGUGGCACCUGCCCAGGAUGAGGACCACCCUGCCUGCGCUGAUGAUUUCGAUGAGUUCGUCACCUAUGAGGCCAACGAGGUGACAGACAGUGCGUACAUGGGCUCUGAGAGCACCUACAGCGAGUGUGAGACCUUCACAGAUGAGGACACCAGCACCCUUGUGCAUCCUGAGCUGCAGCCUGAGGGGGAUGCUGACAGUGCAGGUGGCUCAGCUGUGCCCUCUGAGUGCCUGGACGUCAUGGAGGAGCCUGACCAUGGUGCAUUGCUGCUGCUUCCUGGAAGAUCUCAUCCCCGUGGUCAAACUGUCGUCAUGGUGAUUGGCAGUGAAGAGCAUUUUGAGGACUAUGGUGAGGGCAGUGAAGUGGAACUGUCCCCAGAGACCUUCUGCAACGGGGAGCUGGACUGCAGUGACCCAUCUUUUCUCACCCCCAGCUCCGAUCCACUUGCCGCAAAGCUACGCAGCAUCCUCACUGACGAGGCCUUUGAGUUUUACUGUAGCCAGUGCCACAAACAAAUCAACCGCCUUGAGGACCUUUCUGCCCGCCUGAAUGAUCUUGAGAUGAAUAGCCCAGCCAAGCGGCUCUCCAGCAGGAAGGUGGCAAGGUAUCUGCACCAAUCAGGAGCCCUGACCAUGGAGGCUCUGGAGGAUCCUCCCCCAGAGCCUGUGGAAGGCCCAGAGGAAGACAUUGCUGACAAGGUCAUCUUCCUGGAGAGGCGCGUGUCAGAGCUGGAAAAGGAAAGUGUGGCUGCCGGGGAGCAGCAUGGCCGACUGAGGCAGGAGAACCUCCAGCUGGUGCACAGAGCCAAUGCCCUGGAGGAACAGCUGAAGGAGCAGGAGCUGAGAGCCCAGGAGAUGGUCCUGGAAGAGGCCAGGAAGCAGAAGGAGCUCCUGUGCAAGAUGGAGCGUGAGAAGAGCAUUGAGAUUGAGAACCUGCAGGCCAGACUGCACCAGCUGGAUGAGGAGAAUAGCGAGCUACGCUCCUGCACACCCUGUCUGAAGGCCAACAUAGAGCGCCUGGAGGAGGAAAAGCAGAAGUUGCUGGAUGAGAUUGAAGAGUUGAUGCUGCGGCUCAAUGAAGAGCAGGAAAACAAGAGGAAGAUGGGGGACAAGCUGAGCCAUGAACGGCAUCAGUUCCAAAGGGACAAGGAGGCGACCCAGGAGCUGAUUGAGGACCUCCGCAAGCAGCUGGAGCACUUGCAGCUGCUCAGGCUGGAAGUGGAGCAGAGGCGGGGUCGCAGCAGCAGCCUGGGCCUGCAGGAGUACAACAGCCGUGCCCGGGAGAGCGAGCUGGAGCAGGAGGUUCGCAGACUCAAGCAGGACAACCGCAACCUGAAGGAGCAGAAUGACGAACUGAAUGGGCAGAUCAUCACCCUCAGUAUCCAGGGCGCGAAGAGCCUCUUCUCCACGGCCUUCUCUGAGUCUCUGGCCGCAGAGAUCAGCUCUGUCUCCCGUGACGAGCUCAUGGAAGCAAUUCAGAAGCAGGAAGAGAUCAACUUCCGCCUGCAGGACUACAUUGACAGGAUCAUUGUGGCCAUUAUGGAGACCAACCCAUCCAUCCUGGAGGUCAAGUAGGGCAGCAAAGCCCAGCCUGGGCUGGUCCAAGACUCCACCAGCACCCCAGAGUGGCCCUGUCUCACCACAAGGAGCCAAGACCAGCAGGUCCCAUAGCUGACCAAGCCCAGGGUGUGCAGGGUUUUGUGCAGCUACACUGGGUGAAUGAAGACGUGAGGCUGCAGAGGGCAGUUAGAAGGGAAAAGGGGAGCCACAGCAGGAAAGGAGUGAGGCUAGGUCUUCUAUCGGCUCUGACCUUCAGGGAGGCAGGGCCUCCUGCCCUGAGUGUCCCAGCCAACAACACCUACAAUAUGCUCAGCCAUGACAGGUUCUCAAGCCUGUGUGCAGUCUCAGGCUUGGAUGAGCUACCCUCUGGCCCCUCCAUGGGACACCCUCUUCCAACAUGUAGCCCUGUUGGGAAGAGGGAGAAAACAGGUCCCCACCAAGACUGCAGUUUCCCACUCAGGCUCCCUGACACAGCACCACCCAUGCCUGGCCACUCCCAGAUAGAGUGUAAACCCCGGACCCUUGUCAUGCGGCGGUGCAGGUAGGACAGGAGGCAAAGCUGGUGCAUGUGGGGUCUAGCUUGGCACUGCAGGCCCCAGCUCUCCCUGAGCCAUUCAGGCUGUCAUCCAACCAGGUGGCCUUUGGUCCAGCUUCAGAUGCAGGGCCUCUAAGCCACGCAGCCAUUCUCAUGGUGUGAUCCUCACUGCAGUACCCUCAGGGGCUUGACCCUUCUGUUGGGGGCUGGGGCAGGAGACCAUCAGUUCCCUUUUCUUUGAACAAAGGACUUGAGAUGCUGACUGUGUGGAACUUACUCCCUGGAUGGGUGGACACUACCGGCCCCUCUGCCUCCAGGUGCAGGUGCUGCUUUUCCACAGGUGUGGCCUGCCUGGCCUCCUAUGGUUUAGGUGGUGCACAGUGCUUGUCACUGCCCAGGGUGUAGUCCAUACUUCCCAGGCCUCUGGAACCAAGUUUUUUUCUGGGCAUCUGAUUCAAAAUAGCUGCAUGUCCUGAGGGUGUGUUUUGCAGGAAGACAGACUGGGCAGGCUCUACAUAGACCCAGCAGGCUUUACCCAGAUCCAGGAGCAGAGGUAGCCUUGCUGCCUCUGCACUGCCCCACAAUGGCGUCACCCAAAGGCUGCUGUGCCUGCCUAGCCUGGGCACUGGCCAGGAGCCUCUGGGUGGGCUAAGACCCUGCUGCAGACUUCACCACCCACUCUGUGCGAGUGUGCGCGUGCAUGAGUGUGCACACAGUGAGAGAAUACGUGUGUUUGUGUCCAUACAUGCUGCCCUGCAUCACUUCACCCACUCCCGACCCACCUUCUACACUACAAUUUAAGAUGUUGCCUCGUAUUGUACAUUCUGGGGAAAGCCUUGGGUGUAAAUCAGUGUAAACUUGGAGGAGAGAUUUUUCUAUCAUGUAGAGUAGGUAUUUUUUAUAGAUUGAAGGUUGAUCAAUUUUUUAAUACUUUCCAGAGAGAAAACUGUGUAUACAAGUGAAAUAUAUAUAUAUAUAUAUAUAUGUAUAUACAUAUGUAUAAUAUAUAAAUACUGGAGCCCUGCCUUUCUGUGCCCAGGUCCCAGCCCUGUGACAUGGGCUUCUGGCCUGUCCCUGCUGACUGCUCUGCAAUAGUGACCAUACACACGGGUCUUCAGGAGACACUGGGAAACACCAACCACCAACUUGCUCAUGGCACCUGCUUCAGCUUCCUGAGAAGGGGUGCUUCCUGCCUGAGUGCAAGAUGGUGGGAGGUCAGUAGGGUCCUGUCUGACAUGUUGGCCACCACAGAUUAAAGCUGUUACUGCACACAGAGGCCAGCUUCUUCCUCCACAGGGACAGUGGGGUGGCGUGGGCAUAGGCCUGGCCCAUUGUCUAGGGGCAUUGGUCAUCUGAGCUCCAACCACAGGAGACCUAAGGCCCAAGGACUGCACCACCAAGGCACACUACCAAAGGAGCUCAGCCACUUCCUGGACUUCCUGGUCUGGAUCCUGAAGUUAUGCAGCUCUGCAAAGGGACAUUCUCAACGGCAAGGCCUGGUGAUCUCCAGUAACCCUCAUAUCCUGGUAGAACUCUGAGUGCAGCCUAGGAGAGCCACAGUGAGCCUUGUCUGAGGCAGCAUUGAGGGGCAGCUGUAGGUGUGUGCAAGUAUCACAAAUCUUGGGCACAGUGAUCCUACCCUGAGACACACAUCCAUAUCUGGGAAGAGCCACCGUGUUCUCAGGGUGAUAGGAGGGAAGGCUCAAAGAAGGUUCAAAAGAAGGGCCAAGGGCUUCUGAAGGGAGUUCAGAAGUCAUGGGGAUACAGCAGUUCUAAGGAGGCAUCUGUGGUGCAGCAAACCAUGUACCUGUGGCUCUCCUGUGCCCCUUACAAAGAGCUUCCUGCUUACCAUUUAUUUUCAGACAGGCCCAGGGAGGCUGAGGACUCAGAUCUGACCACUCCACCCCAGCUACUGCCCAGAGCUGAUUGACUGGAGGGAAACACAGCUUGGCCUGCAGCAAGGCCUUGUCCUCAGCAAAGGAGGCAGUCAGUAGAGGGGUCCAGUCACCAGGGUUUAGUCCAGGAGCCCUGGUCAGUUGAUGGAUGAAACUGAGGAAGAAAUUUGGAGGCAUCCAUAUGUCUGAGAUUGAGUUUCUGCCUGCAGAGGCAUGACCUGCCCUGCCACCUACCCAGGCUCUGUCCAGGAGAAGCUGGAAGCAAGAAUGGGAGCCCCACCAUGGCCUGGUGGCUCCCCAGUUUACUUUCCACUUUUUUUUUUUUAAGUGGUACUAGGAUAUUGAACUCAGGGCCUUGUACUU